CGCCACCCUUUAAUCCCUCCUAUAUAAGCCCGUAUUUUCCGAGCGGGCAAACAAAAGAAAAAGAGUGAAGUGUGGGUAGUUGGUGAAAAUUAUCAUUGACAAUGGAUGCAGAUUAUGGUAUAGCUAGAGAACUCUCUGAUCUCCAAAAACUUCGAUCUCAUUAUCAGCCUGAACUUCCUCCUUGUCUUCAGGGUACUACCGUGCGGGUAGAGCUAGGUGAUGCAACCACUGCAGCAGAUCCCUCUGGUGCACAUGUCAUAAGUAGGUCUUUUCCUCACACUUAUGGUCAGCCGUUGGCCCAUUUUCUUAGGGCAACUGCCAAGGUCACUGGUGCUCAGAUAAUCACCGAGCAUCCGGCAAAGAGGGUUGGAGUUGUUUUCUGUGGGAGACAAUCUCCCGGUGGACAUAAUGUUAUAUGGGGUAUACAUGAUGCCCUUAAAAUUCACAAUCCUAACAGUACUUUGCUUGGUUUUCUGGGUGGUUCUGAAGGUUUAUUUGCACAGAAAACCCUUGAGAUCACCAAUGAUGUUCUUGCCACCUAUAAAAAUCAAGGUGGUUAUGACAUUCUGGGUCGGACAAAAGAUCAAAUUAGAACAACCGAGCAAGUUAAUGCCGCAAUGGCUGCAUGUAAAUCUUUGAAAUUGGAUGCCCUUAUCAUUAUUGGAGGGGUAACAUCAAACACUGAUGCUGCUCAACUGGCAGAAACAUUUGCCGAAGCAAAAUGCCAAACAAAAGUGGUUGGAGUUCCUGUUACAUUAAAUGGAGAUCUAAAGAAUCAGUUUGUUGAAGCAAAUGUCGGUUUUGACACAAUAUGCAAGGUCAACUCCCAACUCAUUAGCAAUAUGUGCACUGAUGCGCUCUCUGCGGAAAAGUACUACUAUUUCAUCCGACUCAUGGGGCGAAAGGCAUCACAUGUUGCCUUAGAAUGUACUCUGCAGUCACAUCCUAAUAUGGUAAUUCUUGGUGAGGAGGUAGCUGCAUCAAAGCUUACUCUUUUUGACAUCACACACAAAAUUUGUGAUGCAGUUCAAGCUAGGGCUGAACAAGAUAAAAACCAUGGUGUGAUCCUAUUGCCAGAGGGACUUAUUGAAAGUAUUCCUGAAGUAUAUGCUCUACUGCAGGAAAUUCAUGGUUUGCUCACACAAGGCGUUUCUGCUGAUAAGAUUUCCUCUCAACUAUCACCUUGGGCAUCUGCGCUCUUUGAGUUCUUGCCGCCAUUUAUAAAAAAGCAGCUCCUCUUGCACCCUGAAUCAGAUGAUUCAGCUCAGCUAUCACAGAUUGAAACCGAGAAACUUCUAGCUCAUCUUGUGGAAAAUGAAAUGAAUAAACGAAUGAAGGAAGGAACUUACAAGGGAAAGAAAUUUAACGCUAUUUGCCAUUUCUUUGGUUAUCAAGCUCGGGGAUCAUUGCCAUCAAAGUUUGAUUGUGACUAUGCAUAUGUACUCGGUCACGUCUGCUAUCAUAUUUUGGCUGCUGGCCUCAAUGGUUACAUGGCCACAUUGACUAACUUGAAGAAUCCCGUCAACAAGUGGCGCUGUGGAGCUGCUCCUAUAACUGCUAUGAUGACUGUGAAGCGGUAUGGUCGUGGUCCUGGCAAGGCAUCAAUUGGAAAGCCUGCUCUGCAUCUAGCCACUGUGGAUUUGAAGGGCAAAGCAUAUGAAUUAUUGAGUCAAAAUGCGUCAAAGUUCUUGCUCGAUGAUGUUUAUAGAAACCCAGGGCCCCUCCAGUUUGAUGGGCCUGGUGCUGACGCAAAGGCUGUAACUCUUUGCGUUGAAGAUCAGGAUUACAUGGGUCGUAUUAAGAAAUUGCAAGAGUAUUUGGACAAGGUUCGUACAAUCGUGAAGCCUGGAUGCUCACAAGAUGUCCUGAAAGCUGCAUUGAGUGCCAUGUCUUCUGUCACAGACAUUCUUUCUGUGAUGGCCUCCCCUUCAAGCAACGCGAACACACCAUUCUAGAUGAGAACGCCCCUUUAACCUUGCGGAAAUUAGAGGAAGUCCUAUUUGUCAAACUUAAUAGAAUUCACAGCCCUUUCUUUUUUUCUCCAAUGGAACUUUAUUUAGUUGCAGAAAUGUUAGUCGGAUUGUAUGACAUUAUAGAGGCCUUCAACUUAGUUUGUUUCUUUAUUUGUGCUUUUGAAAUUUUGAUGAGUCGAAUAAUGGUGAGAAGAUUGCAUUUAUUGUGGUUUUAAGGGGUAACAAUGUUGGUCGGAUUGUGUGACAAUAUAUGCAUAACCUAUCAUACAUGAUUUAUAAUGAUAGGUUCCUUGAAGGGGA